CAUGGGGGACCAGAAUGGAAAUGCCAUCUUGCCCAGUAUUUUUGGGACCAUAUGUUUUUUGGGCAUCAUUGGAAAUUCUAUUGUCAUCUACACCAUCAUUAAAAAGACCAAAUGCCAGGCUAAACAAACAGUACCAGACAUUUUCAUAUUUAGUCUCUCGAUUGUGGAUUUGCUUUUCCUCCUCGGCAUGCCCUUUCUUAUUCAUCAGCUCUUGGGUAACGGAUCUUGGUGUUUCGGAGCUGCUAUGUGCAAAGUCAUCUCUGCCCUAGAUUCGAACAGCCAGACAGUGAGCACCUACAUCCUCACAGUUAUGACCUUGGACCGGUACGUGGCUACUGUCCACCCGUUCCGCUUUAACCACGUCCGGACAACCUGUGUUGCCAGUGGUGUGGUGGGGAUGGUGUGGGUGCUUUCUCUCAUCUCCAUUACUCCUGUCUUAAUGUACACUGGUUUGAUGCCUCUCCACAACGGCCAGGUGGGAUGUGCUCUCCUGCUUCCGAAUCCAUCCAUCAACGUCUGCUGGUUCACUAUCUAUCAGUUUGUGCUGGCGUUCGCCCUUCCGCUCAUGAUUAUCUGUGUGGUGUUCUUUAAAAUCUUGAAGCACAUGUCUACCUCAGUGGCACCUCUUCCCCCGAGGAACCAACAAGUGCGCACUAAAAGUGUAACUCGGAUGGCUGUGGCCAUCUGUUCGGCUUUUUUCAUCUGUUGGGCUCCGUACUACAUCCUUCAGCUUGUCCAUCUGGGAAUACAGAAACCCAGUGCCUCGUUUUAUUAUGUCUAUCAUGUUGCUAUUAGCAUGGGUUACGCUAACAGCUGCAUUAACCCUUUUCUUUAUAUAAUUCUGAGUAAGACCUUUAAACGGCAGUUAAUAGUGGCUAUCCAGCCUGCGCACAACCACUUCCGGGUCAACCCGAGCAGCACGGAGGCCACUGUGUCCCUCCGUCUGACCGCAGACUGCCAAAGACAUAUUCCUGCAAACACCUCAGAGUAAUACACUAAUGUUUUUUUUUUCUGCUUCUUCUUUUUUCAUUAACACAACCUAAUUUUAAGAAUACUGUGGUUAUUACAGAUGAUUGAAGGCUGAAGUUUAAGUAUUUGAGUGAGUAAUUCUUGGUCCAGUUGCAAUAUAUUUAGGCUUAUGACAAGCAAGGAAAUACCAAGAACAAUAGAAUGACUGACAGUCAGAUGGAACAAUGAGGGUGAAGUGAAGAAUCUUUGAGCUGAUGUGCUCUUAUAUGCUGACAGAUGACAGUCACCAUC